UCGUUCCGUUUGUUCGUUUGACAUAUCCAUUUAGCCGACACAAUUUAUUUUAUUUUGAUAAUUUAUUUAGUAUUUCUAAUGGAAUUCUUUAAGAUUUAAUAACGUGUAACAUUUAAAAUUCUCCAAGAUGAUGCCUGGUCGAAUGGGUAACCUGCCGAUAACGGCUGAAAACCCGCUCGGCUUAUCUUGGCAUGACUCUGCUUGGAUACCGCUUUUGAACCCUUCCAACAUCAUGGAUUAUUUUUCUGAGAGGUCGAAUCCGUUCUUCGACCGAACGUGUAACAAUGAAGUAGUAAAAAUGCAAAGGCUCAGCAUAGAUCAAUUGCAGAACAUGACUGGUCUAGAAUACAUUCUCCUACACGUGCAAGAUCCAAUAUUGUAUGUAAUUCGUAAGCAGCAUAGACACAGCCCAACUCAUGCUACCCCACUUGCUGACUACUACAUCAUUGCAGGCAUUGUUUACCAAGCUCCUGACCUGGCCAGUGUGCUCAAUUCCAGACUGUUAUCAGCAGUUCAUCACUUACAGUGCUCAUUUGAGGAAACCAUGUCCUACUCUAGAUACCACCCCAGCAAGGGUUACUGGUGGGACUUCAAGGCUAACAAAGGCCUGGGUCCAUUCAACACUAGCCAAUCUGCCCCAAAGGAGGUGUCCACCACACCUAAAGAGGAACCCUCAACCAUGUUUCAAAGACAGAGGGUAGACAUGUUAUUAGCAGAGCUGGUUAGACAGUUUCCUCUCCCUGUGACACAACCUGCCCCUACCCAGACUAAUGGAGUGACUGUAAAAACUGAGAACUCUACAGACAAACCCGGGGAUAAACCAGUUGAUGGCGUUGGCAACAUUACUAUUAAGCAGGAGCCAGUAGACACUAGCAGCACAGAAAUGACCAAUGGCGGUAUACCUGGACUAGCCGAUAUAAAAACUGAGAUCAAACAAGAGAAUAUGAAACCCCCACCAGAGAAAAAACCAAGGAUAUAGCUAAGGCAUAACUACAGACUGUAAACAGUGUUUAAUGUUUUGUAGAUGUUUAUUUAUUAGUUGCAAACUUUUGUAGCACAGGUUUAUUUGUAAAAUCUAUAAAUAUCAGAGACAUUGACAGUGGCCACUAUUAAAGAUAAUGAUAUUUUGAUGAAGUGGUACAUUAUAAAUUCAUCUAAAUAUUGCUUUCUCAAAAUUUUUCAAACAUUCUUUAUUUAUCUCCUUCUGGUUAUUAUACAGAGUGACUAUGUUGUUUUGUGCUGUAGUGGUAUCUAUGCAAACUUGACAAUUUAUUCUUCUAGGAUCUUUUAGCUGCAACCCUGUGGACCAUUUACUGUUUUGAAAGCUGAAAUAAUAGACAAUUAUUCUAUUAAGUAGGUUUAUUAGUAUAAUACUUUAGAAUUAAGUUAUUAAAUAAGUUUUACCUCAGAAA